AUGAUAAUAUUGCGGUGUAAUGUGGCAAUCAUUAAAGAAUCAUUCAUGGUGCUAAAACAAAAAUCAUCCAACGAAAGUGUAAGUAAAAAAUGCGGCGGAAAAGCUAAAAGAGUGAGAACGAUAUUCACUCCGGAACAAUUGGAAAGAUUGGAAGCCGAAUUCGAAAGGCAACAAUACAUGGUGGGACCAGAAAGAUUGUAUUUGGCACAUACUUUACAACUAACGGAAGCUCAGGUAAAAGUUUGGUUUCAAAACCGGCGGAUAAAAUGGCGGAAACAACAUUUAGAAAUACAACAACAGCGUUUGGCUGCUAUUAAACAACAAAAUCAAAGAGGUGACGUCGAUGAUAGCGAUGACGAAAGCGGCGACAGCAGUAAUAAUUAUUCAUUUACAACGGAUACCAACGACAAGGGGGGCGGUAACGGCGGAUUUUUCAAAACCGUCGAUAACGAAUUAGAUAAUAAUUUAGGACAAUUUAACGACAAACUUAAUGGCGGCCGCGGCGGUUCUUUUAACGUUACCGAAAAUCCGAGUGAUAAAAAUUCUAAAAAUGAUACGACGAACAGUGAUAAUAAUUAA